CGGUCCAAGAAUGGAAUCAUCACCCACUGGAAAUGGAGGAUGGACAGGCUGGCUUUUCCUUAAGUCUGGGCAACUCCACUUCCUGAUAGCCAGCAUCUGUUUACCGCUUUACGAUUUGCAAAACGCUUCAAAAAUAGGCUCCUUUUAUCCUUACAGUAACCCCAGGAGGUGAGGAAACGGGCGCAGAGAAAUUCAGUGCCUUGCCCAGGGCCACCCAGCUAGUACACCUGGAAAUACCUGGCCUAAGACACUAGGAUGUGGCCUUGGGCGAGUCACUUAAGGAAAGGCAAGAAGCAUUUAUUCGCUUCGGUGACAUACCUACUAUGUGCCAGGCACCAAGCACUUUACUAAUAUUGCAAACAUUCUCUCGUUUGGUCCUCGCAGCAACCCCGGGAGACCUAUCAUGGGUUCUUCCUCUCACCGCCGCAGACGCCAGCGACGUUUCCGAAGAUACCUGUCUACCGGACGCCUGAGCAAGGCCCGAUCCCUCUUUCGGCGCCACCCAAGGCUGGAUAUAGAUGCUGGAGAGCCACCACCGCUCCACCGCGCCUGUGCCCGCCGUGAUGCCUCUGCCCUUCGACUGUUACUCCACCUUGGGGCUGACCCCGCUCACCAGGACCGCCAUGGAAAUACUGCUCUGCAUGCUGCUGCUCGACAGGGUCCUAGUGCCUACAAGGACUUCUUCCUGCCUCUGAUGACACAAUGUCCCACUGCCAUGAAGAUGAAGAACAAACUAGGAGAGACCCCUGGGGAACUUCUAGACUGGGAAAGUCCCCCAGAGUCAUCUGUAGAAGCGGAGGAAGAAGAGGAAGAGGCUUACAGGGAGAGAAAAUGGAGACAAAAGCUUCAGGAGGAGCUAGAGGAUGAGUGGCAGGAAAUGCUGGGGAGGUUUGAGGGUGAUGAGGAUGCCACCUUAGACAUGCCAGAGCCUGAGUCCUUCUCUGCCUGGACUGAACGCCUGGCCCGAGAACAUGCCCAGAAACGACAACAGCAACACGCAGCAGAGAGAGCCCAGCGUCCAAAGUGUAUGUCAGCCUCCUAUCGCAGCUGGCAGCAACAAGAGGAGGAACGUCGUCUGUUCCAAGAGCGAGCCCAGGCCAAGGAAGAAGAACUGAGGGAGAGCAGAGCCCAGAAAACCCAGGAAGCUAGAGGGCGCUGUUGGGGAGACCCCAAUAGGACAAAGCCCAGGGGAGAUCUCUCCAAGGGAGGGGAAAGAUUUUGGUGUUCUGGAGAUAUACCCUGGCCCUGCCUUGCGGGAAGGGACCCUGAGGCAAUGGCAGCAGCCUUGGUGGCCAGGGGCCCCCCACCCACAGAUCGGGGAGCCCUAAGGAAGUAUUUGAGGGCCCAGCAGGUCCAAUGGCAUCCUGACCGAUUCCUGCAGAGAUUUGGGUGUCAGAUUGAAGCUAGGGAAAGGGAAAAAGUAAUGGAGAUUGUGACAGCUCUGUCCCAGGCCCUCAAUCGACAUGCAGAAGGCCUAAAGUGACCCAGAGAAAAAAGACAGUGAGUACACAAGAUAUGAAUAAUGCAGACAACAGGAUUCAGGAGAUAAGGACAGAAUAUAAGAUCUGGAAUGAGGAAAAAAUUGGGUAUAGGAAUAGAGGCUAAGGAGUGGAAACAGUAAAAAGGAUGAGGUCUGAAUGAGAGUGGGUUGUGGGUUAGAGAUGAAGCUGAGCUGGAGCAGUCAUGGGAGGUUGCUACCACUAAAUCACUUCUCUUCCUGCUUAUUUCCUAAUAAAACCUAGUUCCCCAUCUUA